UCAUAUUUUAAUAAAUUAUCUAGACAAUUUAUUUCGCCCUUUUUUUAGUUUCAAAUUUUAAGGUCUUGAUAGCACCCUAACAUCUUAAUAUUUCAAGAUAAUAUGGAAUCUUAAUAUUUCAAGAUAAUAUGGAAUCUAUUGUAAUUGGAAUUUUACAAGUUAACAUUAACUAGUCCCUAGUUAAUAGGACUAAAUUAGAUAAUAAGAUAACCUCCAAAUAUUCGAAUACCCAAAAAGUAAAGUUGUACGUAAAUUUUGCUUAAUUCACUUAUAGCAUCAAAAUCGUUUGUAUCUCUCUCCCUCUUUCACCCACUCAUUUUUCUUUCUUCCUCUCCUGUCUAACCGCCCGUUUCUAUGAUUCAACUGAAACCCCUCUCUCUCUCUGUAAUCGGUGACCCCCUCUCUCUUAAUGGAGAUCGUAUAACGCCAAUCUCUCUCUCUCCAAAUAGUUCAGCCCCCAACUCUCUCUCUAGCAUUAGAGAGUUGCGCGGAAAGAUCAUCUUAGAAAGGGAGAGACUCCUGAUAAAAAUCAACAUAUGAGAGAGGGGAAACAAUAUAUGCCAUUGAAGCUAAUUUGAAACCCAAUAUUUCUUAUUGAACCUAAUUUGACGUUACGAAGAACAAAACCAGAUCCCAGAGCACUUGAUUCGAGGCCUCCUUGAUGAUAUCCCCAUAUCCUAUCUCUUUCGCCUUACAUUCAUGUACUAAGCCAUCAAAUAUGAAAAUCACUAAGUUCUAAUUUUGUCAAUCAAAAAGUUGAAAAAGUACGAAUCUACUAAAAUUUUGGAAUACAACUACACAAUCAAACGUGCAUGUAAAAAGACGUAUUAUGAUGAUAUAAAAUCCAAAUAAACACAAAGUAAGGUAAUGCUUUAAUUCAGAUUUUUAAAAAUUUGAAUAUCUAAAUCUUGGGUCAUUUUGGUGUUGAAAAUUGAUUUUAGAGCUUUAUUUGCCAAAGUGCUUUUAAGUUGAGGAUUUUAAGUGAGGCUUUAUUUUGGUUUUCAUAAAGCUUACUAGGCCUUACAAAAAUUUCAUCUUUUAAUAAAGUGAACGAGUAAAAUGACCAAUAUACCUCUAUCUCGCUCAACCCCCAGGGCCACACUGGCCUUGUCAUGAUCCUCCCAAACCAAAUCGCCUCCCUCCUCCGCCAACCCAAAACCCUAAGCCUAAGCCAAGCGAGGCAAGCCCACGCCCUCCUCCUCACCUCCGGCCUCCUCCCCCACCUCCUCGCCCCCCUCCUCUCCGCCUUCCUCGACCACUGCGCCACCCGCCACGCGCACCUCCUCUUCCACUACGCCCCAGACCCCAGCCCUGAAGCAUGGACCGCCAUGGUGCGCGGCCUCGCGCGCCACACCCUCUUCGCCGACGCCCUCCGACUCUACACGCGCAAUCCCCGCGCGCCAGCCGCCCCCACCUUAUGUACGGCAUUGAGCGCGUGUGCUCGCUUCCCUGCUCCCCUCCUCGGCCGCGCCCUUCAUGCGCAAGCCGUGGCGCUUGGGUUUGGAUGCCAUGCCUAUGUGCAGACAGGAUUGGUCGAUAUGUACUCGAAGCAUGGGGAGUCGGGUCUCGCACGGCAAGUUUUCGAUGAAAUGCCUCACAGAACUGUGGUUUCUUGGAAUGCGCUGGUUGCUUUGGAGAUUAGAGGUGGGAACUUAGCUCAGGCGCACAGAGUGUUUGAUGAGAUGCCUGAGAGAGAUACAAUUUCGUGGAACUCGUUGAUAGCUGGCUACGCAAAAGUGGGGAACAUGGUGAUGGCUAUGGAUUUGUUUGAGAAGAUGCCUAUUAGGAGCGCUGCUUCUUGGAAUUCGAUAAUCUGCGGGUAUAUAGAGUGUGGGGAUAUGGAACUGGCUAGGAAGGUGUUUGAUGAGAUGCCUGAGAGGAAUUUGGUUUCUUGGAUUGCGAUGAUAUCUGGGUACUCAAAGAAAGAGGAGGUGGGCUUGGCUCGCGAGCUCUUUCAUUCGAUGGGUGAGAGGGAUUUGGCUUCUUGGAAUGCUAUGGUCUCUUGUUAUGCUCAAAAUAACCACCCCCAUGAAGCGAUAUCCCUCUUCCGAGAGAUGUUGCAGAGCUCCGGGCUUGAACCAAACCAGACCACAAUGGUUGGUAUCGUCUCUUCGUGUUCUCAAAUUGGAGACUUACUCCUGAGCCAGUGGCUAGAGGAGUAUAUAAACCGAACUUGGGUCGAACCAGACGAUUACUUGAUAACUGCCUUGAUAGAUAUGCAUGCUAAAUGCGGGUCCAUGAACAAAGCCCAUAGCCUUUUUCAAAGGCUCAAGGGCCGAGAUGUUGUGAGUUACAGCGCCAUGAUCGUGGGCUUUGCUAUCCAUGGGCUAGCUAAAGAGGCUCUCAUGCUAUACGAUGACAUGUUAGCGGCGAAUGUAAACCCAAAUAGGGUAACAUUCAUUGGAGUAUUAACAGCUUGUAACCAUGCAGGCCUUGUGGAAGAGGGUUUGAGCCAUUUUGGGUCGAUGAUAAGUUAUGGUAUCGAGCCAAGCAUGGAUCACUAUGCAUGCAUGGUGGACCUAUUGGGUCGAGCCAGGAGGCUUGAAGAGGCUCACGAUCUCAUAAAGAGUAUGCCUAUGAGGCCUGAUGCCGGGGUUUGGGGUGCAUUGCUUUUAGCUUGUAGGAUUCAUGGUAAUGUUGAACUCGGUGAGAUUGCAGGGCUCCAUUGCUUAGAGCUUGAGCCUGACACAGGUGGAUACUAUGUACUGCUAUCAAAUAUUUAUGCAGCUUCAGGGAGGUGGGAAGAUGCACAGAGACUAAGGGAGGUGAUGGUAGAGAGGGGGUUGAUGAAGACUCAUGGAUGUAGCUGGGUUGAGGUUCGCAAUUACCAUGAAAAGAGAACCGGCCUUUGCCUGAGUGGUCAAGGUCAAGGUAGCAGAGCCACAAUGUGAUGUAAAGGGUUGCAUAAAAAAAUAUAUAUAUAUCAAUAAUAAAAUUUUAAAAAAAGAGAGGUUAGCGAUUAAGGUUAUUGUUUUCCCAUGAAUAAAGGAAUGCCAUGGUUACCCUGAGAGCACUAAUAGUUGAUUGUUGCUCUAUCAGUUUGUAGCCGUGUUUAAAAAACGCCGUAUCGGCGACUUGGGAAUCGCCAUGGACGGAUCGAAUCGGCAAAAAAAACGGGAA